AAUGCGCUCUGAGUUGGUAUAAAAGCGCGAGCCCUACGCCGCAAACGGUCAGUCAGUUCUAAUCCCAGGAACAACACUCCUACUUCUACCACCAUGUUUGCCAAGGUCGCCCUCUUCUGCCUCGUCGCCGUCGCCACUGCGGCUCCCCUCGAGGACUACCCACCUCAGCCAUACAGCUUCAGCUAUGACACCACCGACGAGUACGGCACCCGGCUGACCCGCGCGGAGUCUAGUGACGUCAACAACAACAAGGUCGGCUCCUACAGCUAUACCGACGCACAGGGCAUCACCCGUGUUGUCAAGUACACCGCUGACGCCGAGGGUUUCCAUGCCACCGUCGAGACCAACGAGCCAGGAACCAAGAGCUCCAACCCAGCCGAUGCUCUGUACACCUCUAGCUCCGUCGAGGUUGCCCCAGCCCCAGCUGCCACCGUUGUUGCCAAGCCCGUGGUCGUGCAGUCCGCCCCAGCCACCGUCGCUGUGCACUCCGCCCCAGCCACCGUUGCUGUGCACGCCACUCCUGUUGCCGUGCACGCCGUGCACCCAGCCCAGUUCGCCGUGCACCCAGCUCAGUACGCCCUGCACCCAGCCCAGUACGCCCUGGCCGGCUCCCCAGUCGCCGUCGUCCACCAAGCUCCUUUCACCGUCACCAAGAGCGCUUAA